AGUAACAGGCGUAAAAACUGUAUCGGUGCAUCCGCUUGCAAGAUAAGGACCGACAGCGAUGGAUCUGCUUGCUUUCUCCCUGAAGUGGUUUUCUAACUGACAAUGGUGGCGAAGAAGGGAAAACCCCAGAUUUUUUCGUAAUUCCAUUGAAAGUUUACUCAUGGAGAAAGGAGCAAGUCGGGAGUCAUGAGCACAGGUGUGAAGAAGCCACCAUUAGCGCCCAAACCUAAAAUCCCUACUACCACCAAACCCUCUCCCCCUCCCAUCGCCCCCAAACCCGGUCUCUUCUCUCAGCCUCCCAUCGUCUCCCAACCUUCGCCGGCUACCCUAAAGAGGACUAAACCGGCUGUCGCCCCCAAACCAUGCAUUCCUAAAUCAACAGCUUCACCUGUUUCAACCCAGCCACCCAAACCCAGUGAACCCCCCCUCCUAUGUCAGGAACAGCAAACAGCUUUAGGUGAUAACCUCUCUCUUCUCAACUCCAAAAAUGGGAUUGUAUCGGAGACUAACAAACAUGACUCGGAUUACAUCAUUCCCACCUGCUCUUGUGGGCUCCAGGACUGUUCACAGUGCCAGCAUCUGGAAAAUGGAAAUACAACUGAGAGCAAUUUUCACAAAGAGCCGUUGCAGAAUGGGAUUUCUACAGACGGAUUCACAGAGUCAAAGCCACAAGAGAAAGAAAAACGCCAGGAGGAGGGAGUAGCUGUGGAUAAGGUUGAAGGUGGAGGGAUUGGCAAAAAGCCCAGGGAUAAACCUCAAAGACAGAGACACCUGGAGAGGGGAUCGGCUAACCAAGAUGCACAGAGGACUGAGAAACAGAAGGAGGCUGUAAAACAUGAGGAAAGUGCUGUUCCUGAGCCGGACUUUUCAAUAGCAGAUGUACAUUCUGAGGCCCGGAACACAGAUUUAACAGACUCAGUCUGGGAUGUUGCAGGCAGCAUCAUUAUCUCCCCCUCUAUCACUCCUCAUGAGUUUUCUCCAGAAUCAUUUCAGGUAGAGCAUAUAAUCAAUGCCUCUCCCACCAGGUUACUCCCUGAUCUGCAGGUCCCUGCUGCCCCCAGUAAGCCUCUCCCUGUGCCUCACCCACGCAAACUUAAAAAGCCAGCCCUGGUGAGGCAGGAUGGCGUAGAGGGCAUUGGCCAGGAUCAGGUGACAGAAGAACAAAAACUUGAGAUGCGCGAGGAUGAUGGCAGCCAACCUGGUCUGUCUCUUAGUUUGGAGGGCGAUGAGCUCCAACAGGACUCGUGUGAGGAACCUUUACCCCAAGAAGACUCAUGUUUAGGAGAUGAUGAAGUGGACGCACCCGUCCCCCCUCCUCGACAGACCUCCCUCUCGCCUCGGCUACUCAGGACAGUCCACACGACGCCCUCUCUUAACAAAAACACCUCCCACUCCUUAGUCCUGCUCUCACAUUCUGACUCAAUGAGCCACCAAAUAGGAGGCGCGGAUCACCGGGUGGAGGAGGAUGAAGAGGACGGGUAUGGCGAUUUUGAGCGCUACCCGAUCGCUCACAGCCUCCCAAAACAGAUCAAACUCGGCUGUAAUCCCCCUCUGAGUAACGCUAGGAAAGCUUUCUCUGCUGAGGAUCAGUCAUCACCAAGGGCGCCCCCCAGGAAACCUCAGAGACACAGCCUGCCAGCAGCACACCCUCCACCCUCUUUCUGCCCUCCUGCACCUCCACAUGCUAACACCCCCAUGAGGGAGCUGCCUGCGCCUCCUCAGGAGAAAACAGCCUGGCGCUUCACCCGACCCUGUGUGACCUUCUUCAGCCGGCAGAUGCCCACCAGGAGCAGCGUGCCACCAAGAGCCGGGCUCCAGGGCUUGGGGGGCAAACAGAGGGCACAGUCCUUCUCUGCAGCCGACCUGGCAACCCGGGCCGACUCUCAUAAGAGGAGCCUCUCUUUCCGGAAGCUGCUCGAGCUCCGGCUCUCUGUCAAGAUGCUCCCAAAGCUGCUGGCUAAGGGAGGGCAGUCUCUGGACUGUACCAGUGUGGAGUCAACCCGGGGCGAGAGGCUCCUCGAGCGGCCCACUAGCUGCAUAGUGGAGGCUGAUAUUUGUGGAGAAGAUGGAGAUGGGUCAGUGGAGUAUGAGAACGUUCCUCUGUAUGAGGAAAUCCCAGAGUACAUGAACCUGCCGUUUCAUGGCGCCAGGCUGGGCUGGCCUCACGACUCCGACGGAGCAGAUUCAGACAUCUAUGAAGUGCAGGAUCCUUAUCACAGGUGCAACGACCAUGAGUACGAGAGCAGCGGUUGGCUGGGGCAGGACGUCCACUCUGAAGAAGAAGAGAUCCACAGUUCAGAUGAAGAGGACAACAGCUCCUCCUCCAGCAAGGAGCACAUGGACGAGGCCGACCGACAGCAGGAGGAUGAGAUGAGGAGGAAGAAGGUGGUGCACAUCGCCCAGGAGAUCAUGAGCUCCGAGAAAGUGUUUGUGGAUGUCCUGAAGCUUCUUCACAUAGAUUUUCGGGAUGCUGUUGCCAAGGCAACCCGUCAGAAUGGGAAGCCGGUGGUGGACGAGCGGAUCCUCAGCCAGAUCCUGUACUACCUGCCUCAGCUGUACCAGCUGAACAGAGACCUGCAGAGGGAGCUGGAGGACCGAGUGGCACACUGGAGCGAUCACCAGAGACUGUCGGACAUCUUUGUGCAGAAGGGUCCGUACCUGAAGAUGUACUCCACCUACAUCAGACAGUUUGACAACAAUGUGGCUCUUUUAGACGAACAGUGCAGGAAAAACACCGCCUUCGCCGCUGUUGUCAAAGAGUUCGAGACGAGUCCAAGAUGUGCGAGCCUGGCUCUGAAGCACUACUUGCUGAAGCCGGUGCAGAGGAUCCCUCAGUACCAGCUGCUGCUCACAGAUUACCUAAAGAACCUUCCAGAAGAUUCAGAGGACUAUAAAGACACCCAAGCUGCCCUCGGCAUAGUGAAAGAAGUGGCCAACCACGCUAAUGACAUUAUGAAACAAGGGGAUAACUUCCAGAAGCUGAUGCAGAUUCAGUACAGCCUCAACGGCCACCAUGAAAUCGUUCAGCCAGGCAGGGUGUUUCUGAAGGAGGGCACUCUCAUGAAGCUCUCCAGGAAAGUUAUGCAGCCUCGAGUGUUUUUCCUGUUCAAUGAUGCGCUCAUGUACACCACUCCGGUCCAGUCCGGCCAGUACAAACUCAACAGCGUCCUCUCUCUGGCCGGGAUGAAGGUGAGUAAACCGAGCCAGGAGGCCUAUCAGAACGAGCUGAACAUUGAAAGUGUUGAGCGCUCUUUCAUCCUGUCUGCCAGCUCGGCUACAGAGAGAGACGAGUGGCUAGAGGCCAUCGCUAAGGCCAUAGACGACUACACCAAGAAGAAAAUCACCUUCAUAUCAAGUCGGAGUCAGGAGGAGGCGGAGUGUGUUGUGGACACCGGGGCCCCGCUGGGUUCGAAGGCUCCGAUCUGGAUCCCGGACCUGAGGGCCACCAUGUGCAUGAUCUGCACCUGCGAGUUCACACUCACCUGGAGGAGGCAUCACUGCCGCGCCUGUGGCCGGGUGGUGUGUCAGGCGUGCUCGGCCAAUAAGUACUACCUGGAGUACCUGAAGAACCAGCCGGCACGUGUCUGUGAUCACUGCUUCGCCAAACUGCAGGAGAAUAGUGACCGCUGUGCUUCAACAUCAGUUUCUCCAAUCAAACCUGGAGCUUUCUCCUUCACCAGAAAACAGAAGAAGAUCCCUGCUGCACUAAAAGAGGUGUCCGCCAACACCGAGAACUCCUCCAUAAGCGGCUACUUAAAUCGCUCGAAAGGAAACAAAAAGCAGUGGAAGAGGCUGUGGUUUGUCAUCAAGAAUAAAGUCCUAUACACCUACGCUGCCAGCGAGGAUGUUGCUGCGUUGGAGAGUCAGCCCUUGCUCGGGUUUUUCCUCAGAGAGGAGAAGAACGGACCGGCUCAGAAGCUGCAGUUUAAGCUGUAUCACAAAAAUACGCUGUUCUACAUCUUCAAAGCUGACGACAUCCCCACCGCACAGAGAUGGAUCGAAGCCUUCCAAGAGGCAAUGAUUCUCGAACAGUAGUUUGGUUUUUGCAGCAGUGAAGUCACAUCACAGCCCCGGAGCCAGUCGAUAGAAAACUUACGACCCCCGACUGAUCCCAGGUCAGGGGUCACCGCUCAGGAAGGACUCCGGUCGGACUGUUCACUUUAAAAAGAAACACACUGCAGAACAUUACUGUAUGUGUGGGGUGGGGGGGGGGGGCACUGGAUUCUGUUUCCCUAAUUAUUAUUUCUACCAACAACAGCUGCUGAUGCUCAGCUGACCUCAGAGUUAUUAGAUGUUGCAGCUGUGGGUCAAAGGUCAAGUCCAGAAGCACGUCUGUGGAAGUGAGACAGAUCAUUGGUCAGGAAUAUUGAAAAGAAUUCUGGGAAUUAUUUUUAAGUACAAACGGAUGAAGGAACUACUUUUUGUGUGGAAAAAAUAUAUACAAAACUGUGCGCAUUCCUUCAAGCUUGUUGACAUUGGCUACACUUAGUAAUUUAAAACCUACUGUGUGCUUUUGUUAAAGGGAUAAUUCGGAUUUUAUGAAGUGAUAUGGAGUACCCUAUACAAAAUGUCAGAACUAUGACUUUAAUGCAAAAUCUAAAGAUGCAAUUUUUCAAAUACCCAUUUCAAAAUAUUCCGCUUGUCAUUUAAAUCAUGGUUGCGAAGCAUUGUCAAUGUCUGUUUAAGAGUUUCAUGAUGUAACAUGGUGGGAUUUUACUGUGAAAAUCCGCUUCUUUAAAGAAACAGGAGCUGUUUUGCUCUUUAGCUUAAUCUCUCUGGUUAAGAGAUUUAACUCCUUAUUUUUAAAGUUAACAUACAAAACAUUUAAAUGAUGGUUUAAAAAAAACGACAUCCUGGGGGAAACUGGAAAUGUCAUGAAUAAUGUAGAUAUUUUUCAUACAUUUUAAAAUGUAUUUUUGCCUGUUUAGCCACAUUAGAAAUGGUUAAUGUGUAAAACUGUGUAUAUGGACAUUAAACAGCAACAUUGACCUUUUUUUAUAUCAAAGCCAAGAGCUAAUAUUUAUAAAAUAGGAAGAUUUAUUGUUUGAAAAGCACAGGCUGCCACUUAUUUUGGGAGUCAGGUAGCGAAUAUGUUUCCAUCAGUUAAUCUUUUACAUUUAAAAGAUAACUUUUUAGAAAAAGGGGAUUUUUUUAACGGGCAAAUACUGUGGAAAGCAUGCAUUAACUAUAUUUCUAAGGAAAUGCUCCAAAGGAAGAAAACAUUUUUAAUUGUUGCAGAUAUUUGUACCUUUUUUAUAUCUCCUGCUUUGAGAAUAAUUGCAAUAAUAUAGGUGCUCUGUUUGACAGUCUUCACUAAAUAAAGACACAUAUAGGCAUCCAGUUAGCAUGACUACUCACUUUCUAACCAGGGUACUCGAGGUUUGUAGCUUUAAAAACGAUCAUUUAUCAGGUCUGUUUCUUGGUUAGGUUUCUAUAUGUUGCACUACCCUAUUAUUUCAGAGUGGGAGAAAUCCAAAUCCUGCUUUUUUUUAGUGAAGGAAUAAAACGGUUAAUUCUGUCAUUGUAGCUAUUUGACUGCUAGUGUGCCUCAUUCAGAUGUGUAAGUAGUGGAAAUAAACCUGCACGUAAAGAGUUGCCCAGGAUGCAUUUCCUCAUGAUUGUACAUUAACAGUGACAAUUUGUAAAGAUCUGCUCUUUCAGAGUUAGAGUCACCUAUAAACAAGGGUUUUAAACUGUCAGGCAACAGUUUUAAAUAAAGUAUA